CAAACCUUCCAUCUCUGCCCUGAGACAAUUACAUUUUGCCCCCCUCAUCCCACCCCAGAUGAUUCUCAGUCUCCUCAUUCCUUUGUUCCUGGGUUCUCCAGGCAUGGAUGUUCUUUCCUCCCCAGUCCCUUCCUGGUCGUGGUAUCUCCCCACUGACCCUGAGCCUCCCCCAGCCCCGCCUCCUCCCCGUAGUGCUGGCUUCCCCAGUCUUGGCCUCAUUGCUCCUCCCCUGCUUCGGCCUUAAAAACCCCGCCUGCAGCUAGGAGCCAGCAGUCCCCAGGUGGCAUCCGGCAAGGGUGUACUGCUCCGCGGGAACCUGUGCCAGCUAGAGGUGACGAGGCUCUCCCCAGCCUGAAGGUGGGUUGGUGGAAGGAGGGUCCCGUGCAGUUGGUGAGACAGACAGUGGCCAGGACGUGACUGCAGAGCGGCAGGAGCAGAAACCACUGGGCAACUGAUGGGCCACGGCCCCUGGAGAAGACACUAGCCGCUCAGUGGAACAGGACUGUGAGAUUGAUUUGUGUUUCUCCGGGGCCGGACACACCUGUGAGGGGCACAGAGAGAGGAGGUGCCCUGCAAGAGGCCCACCGAUGUGAGGACUGGCCUGGCCUGUGGCACUGACUGCCCCUUCUUGGUGGGCACCAAGAGCCCUACCUAGCAGUGCAUCUGACGGACUCCUUCGUUCACCAGGCCGCUGAGGGUUGAGAAGAUCUAAAGAGAGAGCAGAUGGCUUCAGCUGGCCUAGAACUCCUGGGCAUGACCCUGGCUGUGCUGGGCUGGCUGGGGACCCUGGUGUCCUGCGCCCUGCCCCUGUGGAAGGUGACCGCCUUCAUCGGCAACAGCAUUGUGGUGGCCCAGGUGGUGUGGGAGGGGCUCUGGAUGUCCUGUGUGGUGCAGAGCACAGGCCAGAUGCAGUGUAAGGUGUACGACUCAAUGCUGGCGCUGCCCCAGGACCUGCAGGCUGCCCGCGCCCUGUGCGUCAUCGCCCUCCUGCUAGCCCUGCUCGGCCUCCUGGUGGCCAUCACGGGUGCCCAGUGCACCACCUGCGUGGAGGACGAAGGAGCCAAAGCCCGUAUCGUGCUCACAGCGGGGGUCAUCCUCCUCCUCUCGGGCAUCCUGGUUCUCAUCCCUGUCUGCUGGACUGCGCAUGCCAUCAUCCAGGACUUCUACAACCCCCUGGUGGCCGAGGCCCUCAAGCGGGAGCUGGGGGCCUCCCUCUACCUGGGCUGGGCGGCAGCGGCCCUGCUCAUGCUGGGUGGGGGCCUCCUCUGCUGCACGUGCCCCCCACCCCAGAUCGAAAGGCCCCGCGGACCCAGGCUGGGCUACUCCAUCCCCUCCCGCUCGGGGACUUCCGGAAUGGACAAGAGGGACUAUGUGUGAGGUGGAGGGUGUCCCCAGAAGCCUGCUGCUCAGAGCCUUGACCUCUUACUGGAUGCCCUCUAACCCCUGCCUUCUACCCGUCAACCCCGCCCCCAGGUGGAACCCACUUUCCAGGAGCUCCAGCCAGGCGUGGCUGCUGGGCUAGUAUCAGAUGGCCUGGCUGAGCCCAUACCCUCAAUGGGGUUUCCCACCUCCUGGUCUGCCCCUGCCUUUCCCGACCAGUUGCUUUCUUCUGCUGCCCAGCACUCCCCUUCCUCCCAGGCCUCCCCUGCACCUGGAAUCUGGGCCUCACCCAAAGGGCAGUAGCUCCUUGGCUUAAAACAAGGAGAGGGUCAUGCUCUGCCUGCCCUGGAGUUGGUCCCCUCCAGUCUGGCCACUACCACAUCCAGAGGCCCAGCUCAGCCCCCCUGCCCCAU